GAUGUAUAUUAGUUAAAAUUUAAGACUAAGUUGUUGAUAUUCUUUGAGUUUACAAGUUAAUCCUUAUUGGAGACGUGCCAAUAUAUAGUAGAUUAUCAUUAAUUUGCACUGUUUGGGGACCCCAUUUAAGAAUGCUGAAUUUUGCCAACUAAGAAGUAAGCAAAUGCAAUUCAAAAAGUAAAUUUGAGCAUUCUGUAUUAAAUAUGUGCAGUUAUUAUCACCUGAAGAAGCGCAGUGUGUCGGGCUGUAAUAUAACCAUAUUUGCUGUCAUGUUCUCCCAUCUCAGUGCUGGGAAAUCACCAUGUGGAAACCAAGCAAACGUGUUGUGCAUCAGCCGGCUUGAGUUUGUUCAAUAUCAAAGCUGAAACUAGCGAGGUCUGCUGUACUGCUUAUUGAAGUAUUGUGAUUCUUUUAGGCAUUGAUUCUUACAAAAUAU